AUGGCCUGGACGCCCGACGUCAUCGCCGGCGUCACAAUCGCCCUCGUCCUCGCCGUCAUCGGUUUCGGCGGCUCCCUCUACUGCGCGAUCCACAAGAAGCGACGCACCCAAGGCGAAGUCUCCACCGUCGACAAAUGGCUUGGGGCCAAAGGCGGGAACAGUACGGCUCUCGGCGUCGCAGGUGGAUAUGGUGGCUUUGCCAACGCGCCGGGCACGGAGUUGCGGGACAUGGAUAGGCAUAGGGAUGUGGAGAGGGGUGAGGGGACGUUGGAUGGGGUGGAUAAUAUGGGCGAGCCGAGGGCGCCGCCGCCGGUGUAUGAUGAGGGGAGGGUGGUGAGGGGUGGUGAGCGGGAGGGGUUGGAGGGGGAGACAAGGAGGAAUAGCGAGGUUCCGGGGUAUCAGGAGCGGUCUUAA